AUGUUCUUUCGUUUCCUGGGGCAUGGUUGUUGCUGUUAUCUACUUAUAAGGAAGAUAAAUACGAAGAAAGUGAAGCGAAAAUUAGCGAAAGUGGUCUAUGUCCCUUUGAAUAGUGAGGCCAACGGCACUAGUGUUGGCCAAGUUACUCGAUUUUCAAAAUCUGGUUUCUUCAGUGAACUGUCAUUUUGGUGGUUGAAUCCAUUAAUGAAAAGGGGUAGGGAGAAAACUCUUGAGGAGGAAGAUAUACCCAGUUUGCAUGAGGCAGAUCGAGCAGAAAGCUGUUAUCUUCAAUUCCUGGAUCAGUUGAAUAAACAGAAACAAAUUGAACCAUCAUCUCAACCAUCAAUCUUGAGGACAAUAAUAAUAUGCCACCGGAGAGAGAUUUUCAUUUCUGGGUUCUUUGCUUUGCUAAAGAUUCUCACUCUCUCAGCUGGUUCUCUGCUACUUAAUGCCUUCAUUUUGGUUGCCGAGGGAAAAACAGCUUUCCAAUAUGAAGGUUAUGUAUUGGCUAUGACACUUUUCAUUUCAAAGGGCUUAGAAUCCUUGUCACAAAGGCAGUGGUAUUUCAGAAGUAGAGUAAUUGGUCUGAAAGUGAGGUCCUUGCUCACAGCAUCUAUUUACAAGAAGCAGUUGAGAUUGUCAAAUGCUGCCAGGCUGAAGCACUCAGGUAGUGAGAUAAUGAACUAUGUUACUGUGGAUGCUUACGGGAUUGGAGAAUUCCCUUUCUGGUUUCACCAAACUUGGACGACAAGUCUGCGGCUUUGUAUUGCAAUUGAAAUUCUCUUUCGUGCAGUGGGGUUAACAACAUUUGCAGCUUUGGUGGUUAUAAUUCUCACUGUGCUAUGCGGUACUCCGCUUGCAAAGCUGCAACAUAAGUUUCAAAGCAAGCUCAUGGUUGCACAGGACGAGAGACUGAAGGCUACUACUGAGGCUCUUGUGAACAUGAAGGUUUUGAAAUUGUAUGCAUGGGAAACCCAUUUCAAGAAUUUCAUUGAAAAUUUACGUAAGGUGGAAUAUAAAUGGUUAUUUGCAUUGCAUUUGCGAAAGGGAUGUAAUGGCUUUCUCUCAUGGUCGUCGCCUGUUUUUGUCUCAGUUGCUACUUUUGGGGCAUGCUAUUUCCUCAAGAUUCCGCUAUAUGCUAGCAAUGUUUUCACUUUUGUUGCAACUUUAUGUCUUGUUCAAGGCCCUGUAAGAAAUAUCCCUUAUGUUGUUGGAGCAGUCAUUCAGGCGAAGGUUUCAUUUACACGUAUUGUAAAAUUCCUUGAGGCAGCUGAGCUACAGAGUGCAAAUGUCAGGCAGAAGAGGAACUUGGAGAAUGUGAACCAUGCCUUCUUCAUCAAAUCAUCCAAUUUUUCUUGGGAGGAGAAUUGUUUGAAGCCAACAAUCAAAAAUAUAAGCCUAGAGGUUAGACCUGGCGAAAAGGUGGCUAUCUGUGGAGAAGUGGGUUCGGGCAAAUCAACAUUUAUAGCGGCAAUUCUUGGUGAAGUUCCAAAUACAGAGGGAAUUAUUCAAGUGUAUGGGAAGAUUGCCUAUGUUUCGCAAACAGCUUGGAUCCAGACUGGGAGCAUACGAGAAAACAUUUUAUUUGGGUCUUCUAUGGAUACCUAUCGAUACCAUGAAACACUUGAAAGGUGUUCAUUGGUGAAGGAUCUUGAGUUGCUUCCGUAUGGUGAUCAAACUGAAAUAGGUGAAAGAGGAAUUAAUUUGAGUGGUGGUUAGAAGCAGAGAAUUCAACUUGCUCGUGCGCUAUAUCAGGACGCUGAUAUAUAUCUCUUGGAUGAUCCAUUCAGUGCCGUGGAUGCUCAUACAGCUACAAGUUUGUUUAAUGAAUAUGUUAUGGGAGCACUUUCAAGGAAGGCAGUUUUACUUGUGACUCAUCAAGUUGAUUUUCUACCUACAUUUGAUUCUGUUUUGUUAAUGUCAGAUGGGGAAAUCCUGAAGACAGCUACUUAUCAUCAAUUAUUGUCCUCGAGCAAAGAAUUUCAGGACCUUGUCAAUGCAUACAAAGAAACUGCCGGUUCUGAAAAACUUGCUGAGGUUACUUCUCAGAAUCGUGGUGCACCUGCUAAAGAGAUCAAGAGGGGUUAUGUGGACAAACAGUCUGAAGCAUCCAAAAGUGAUCAGCUGAUAAAAAAAGAAGAGAGAGAAAUAGGAGACACAGGUUUCAAGCCAUACACAAAGUAUCUGAAGCAGAGCAAAGGAUUUUUGUUCUCCUCCAUGGCCAGUCUUUUUCAACUUAUAUUUGUGAUUGGUCAGAUAUCACAGAACACAUAUGCUUCUAAUGUUGAUAAUCCUCAUGUUAGCACAUUGAGGCUGAUUGUCGUUUACAUAGUGAUUGGAUUUACCUCAACACUAUUUUUGCUAUUUAGAUCUCUCUCCACUGUUGUUUUAGGUAUUCGAUCAUCACAAUCUUUAUUUUCACAGCUUCUAGAUUCCCUUUUUCGUGCACCUAUGUCUUUUUAUGACUCCACACCGUUGGGAAGAGUCCUUAGUCGGGUCUCCUUCGAUCUGAGCAUUGUUGACCUUGAUAUCCUGUUCAGUUUAAUUCUUUCUGUUGCAGCUACCAUUAAUGCUUAUAGUAAUCUUGGAGUACUAGUUGUUGUCACUUGGCAAGUUCUUUUCGUCUCAAUACCAGUGAUUUUCAUGGCUACUCGCUUGCAGAGGUAUUAUUUUUAUACUGCAAAAGAAUUGAUGCGGAUCAAUGGCACAAUCAAGUCCUUGGUGGCAAAUCAUUUAGCUGAGUCUAUAGCAGGAGCCACAAUAAUAAGGGCCUUUCAGGAGGAAGAGCGGUUUUUUGGUAAAAAUCUUGAUAUAAUUGAUACCAAUGCUACAAAUUCUUUGUACAUUAUUAAACUACUAAUUAUUAUACAAUUACCUCUGUUAUGUGCAGGAUUUAUUGGGAUGGCACUAUCUUAUGGUCUUUCAUUAAAUGUUUUCGUAGUUAUGUCAAUCCAAAACCAGUGUACUAUAGCAAAUUAUAUCAUUUCUGUAGAAAGACUUAAACAAUACAUGAAUGUACCAAGUGAAGCCCCUGAAGUGAUAAAAGACAAUCGCCCCCCACCCAACUGGCCUGCUAUGGGUAAAGUGGACAUAUGUGAUUUACAGAUCAGAUAUAGGCCUGAUGCACCACUAGUCCUUCGGGGUAUCAGUUGCACAUUUGAAGGAGGGCACAAAAUUGGUAUUGUUGGCCGAACUGGCAGUGGAAAGACUACUCUCAUUGGUGCUCUAUUUCGAUUAGUGGAGCCAGCCGGAGGGAAGAUUAUUGUAGAUGGCAUUGAUAUAUGUAAAAUUGGACUUCAUGAUCUGAGGUCACAUUUCGGCAUAAUACCUCAGGAUCCUACUCUUUUCAAUGGGUCUGUGAGAUAUAACCUGGAUCCCUUAUCUCAACAUACAGACCAGGAAAUAUGGGAGGUUGUUGGAAAGUGCCAGCUUCGGGAAGCUGUCCAGGAGAAAGAUGAGGGCCUUGACUCCUUAGGCAAAGGAAUUAAUUUGAGUGGUGGUCAGAAGCAGAGAUAACUUGCUCGUGCGCUAUAUCAGGACGCUGAUAUAUAUCUCUUGGAUGAUCCAUUCAGUGCCAUGGAUGCUCAUACAGCUACAAGUUUGUUUAAUGAAUAUGUUAUGGGAGCACUUUCAAGGAAGGCAGUUUUACUUGUGACUCAUCAAGUUGAUUUUCUACCUGCAUUUGAUUCUGUUUUGUUGGAAAUUCAGUUUGUUUUUGAAUCAAUUUUUGGCGCCAAAGAACUGCUGCUGUCUCCUCUGUCUGCCGUGAAUGGAGCUGCUGUAGUGGUUGAUUUUUAG